AUGUCAAAACGCAAAGUUGUUCAUAGCGAGGGACGAGCAAUUAUCGCUAAAGUAUUUCACUUUCUUCAAGAAGAAUAUAAUUUUAUGAAAGUGAAUAACAGUGACAAAAGUGAUUUAAGUCCUUUGGCUAAUUCACUUAAACGUACUGCGGAAGCAACUGGCGUCUCUGGGCGCACUUUAACUAGAAUAUUGAAAGAAGAAAAGGAGUUGCCGUCAUCUUCCUCCAAGUUCACUUCACCCAUGAAAAAACGACGUAAAAGAGACAGCAAAUUCACGUUGGACAAUAUGAACAGAGAAAUUAUUCGAACUACAGUACAAAAUUUUCACAUGGAACACAAACAAAUACCAACUUUAGCGAAACUUAAGUCAGUUUUGAGAGAAAAAAUUGGUUUUGACGGAUGUUUGAACACUUUACGCUCUUUGCUCAUAGAAAUGGGUUACAAAUGGAAAAAAAUUGAUAACAACCGCAAAUCAUUACAAGAAAGACACGAAAUACAAUUAUGGCGUUUUAAUUUUUUGAAAAAAAUUAAUCAAUAUCGUUCAGAAGGCCGUCAUAUUGUAUAUACAGAUGAAACAUAUCUACUUACUUCUCAUGUACGACAAAACACCUGGUGUCUAAAUAACAAAGAUCCAAGAAAAAAAGACACUUCUUUUUCAAAGAAGUUGAGUACGGGCAGCCGUUUCAUUAUAGUACAUGCAGGCAACAGUAGUGGUUUUAUUAAAGAUGCUUCUUUAGUAUACAAAGCAGCAUCCACAGCUGGAGAUUAUCACUCCAACAUGAAUUUCGACAAUUAUGUCAAGUGGCUUCAUGAAAAGCUUCUGCCAAAUAUUCCAGAAAAGUCAGUUGUUGUGAUGGAUAACGCAUCUUAUCACAACACCCGAAGCAGUAAAAUACCUACAUCAAAUUCUUGUAAGAGUGAUAUGAAAAAGUGGCUGACAGAAAACAAUAUUCCGUUUGAUGAAAAGUCGCGAAAUAUAGAACUGUAUGAUUUAAUAAAAAAAAAUAGAGAGCGUUUUAUAACGUAUAAAAUUGACGAGAUAAUAAAAAGCAAGGGUUGCGAAAUAUUGCGAUUGCCUCCCUAUCAUCCCGAACUAAACGCGAUUGAAAAUAUCUGGGGUAUUUUAAAAAAUCGCAUUGCCUCUAAAAACAUAGCACAAAACAUGACUGAAGUACAAAAUUUAAUUUUUGAGGGCUUGAACAGCAUUGACAGCAACACUUGGCUUAAUACCUGCAAUCAUGUAGAAAAAAUUGAAAAAGAAUACAUGAAGUACUUUGAUUCUGACUUUGAGUUUGUUAUUAAUGUAGGUGAAUCAAGUGACAGCGGUACAGAUGAGUUUGAAAGUAGCAGUGAUAGUUUAAACGAAGAUGAUUUAUUAUCGACCUAAAUUAACCUAGUAAUUUUGGGAUUUUAUUAUUUUUAUUAUUUGCAUUAAAAUUAUUGUAUAGUAAAUUAUAAGUUUUAUUCUUUUCAUUUUUUUUUAUGCUAACCAUACCCGCUUUCGAUCUCACGCACACUGUUACACCUUUACAGAUACGUGUUUACCACAAGUAAAUCCCGCUCGCCUUCGUGA